AUGACAGCUAUCUUAAACUGGGAGGAUAUAUCCCCUGUUUUGGAGAAAGGCACCCGCGAAUCACUCGUGUCUAAAAGAGUUCCCUUUUUGCAAGAUAUAUCACAAUUAGUUCGUCAAGAAACAUUGGAAAAAUCUCAAUUAUCCGAAAUUGCUUCCGUUUUACUGAAUACCUUUGUGAUCUAUGAAGACAAUGGGUCCAAAACUUUGGUAACUUCAAUAUUGCUUGACGUCUUAAAUCUAGAACCAUGUCUCCUAGAAAACUUUGUCCAAUUUGUUUCAGGCGUGGUCAUCAGUAAUCCAGCUACCAAAGCUGUCGCAGAUUACCUUAACUUGUUAGAUUGGAUUGAUUCUUUCCUGAUUUAUGUCUCGCGCAAUCCUACCUUAUUUGAAGAAUAUGUUCCAAAAUUGUUGGUCGCCCACUCUUACGCAACUUUUGGAGUGGAAACUAUUCUUGACAAUCAAGAAGAGUGCAAGAAAACUCAGGAUAAACAAAACCAGCAUAGGAAAAGGAUCCGUUAUUGCAUUUUUCAGUCAGCGGUCAAGGCAUUUCUGAAGUGCUUGAAGGACAAUGAUGACAGUAUUUUCUUUUUGCAAAUUGUAAUUAAGACGGUAUUAGAAGGCCACUCUAAGCUGAAGAUAACUAGUGUUGGUAUGGUUAUGAUGAUGGGCGCACUAACUCAAACUACCCUCCAGUUGUUAUCGAGGCAACCAGCUCUACACUCCGCUUUGAAAGAAAAUUCUGUAGAGAAAUAUUGCGAAUAUUUGGGCAAAGAAGUUUUUUUAGGAAAAAACCCACCAUCUUCCUUUUGCCUAGAAGUUGGUUUGAAGCCUUUCUUGAAAGAAUUCGUCUCACAGGAGUUGUUCAUUAAGUUCUUCAUCCCUAAUAUUGAAAAAGCAAUUUUAAGAUCUCCUGAGGUUGGCUUUUCAAUAUUAUCUGAGUUAUACUCUGGUGUUUCUCCAGAAAAAGUAAACCUCUUAAAUGUUUUUACUUCUUCGAAACUUAUUAAUCAAUCCUUCUCGUCGUUUAAAAGCUCAAAAGAAGCCGUUAGAUCCGUCUCCCUUCAGUCCGUGAUAAUCCUAUUGAAAAAAGUUUCUAGGAGUGACGCUACCUUGGAAGGUUUGACGAAGCUUAUUGACGAAAUAUUUAAGAACAUCAAGUCGAAUCUGAACGCAGAUUACAAAUCGCUUAUUUCCAAAAUCCUCAUAGAAAUACCCUUAACACACUGUGAGGUCUCAGAAAAAAUCUGUAAAGGUUUGUCCCCAUAUAUUAGUAAAGAAGGUAAUGAAGCAGCUUUGGCUUUAAUGCUCAACGCUUUUUUUGUUCAUUAUUUUAGUUUGGGCAAAUCUAUUGAAGAAUUGAACAAAGUUAUAUCAGUUGGUUUCGCAGAUAAAAAACCUGCUCUGAAAAAAUGUUGGUUUGCCGCUUUUUUGAACAAUUCCAAUGCUGCCUUUGAAGAGGUGAUUUUAGACUUUAUAGACGGUUGUUUGGAAUUUGUGAAAGAUUCCAUUAUACAUUAUCAUACUCACGGGCAUGCAUGUAUUCUAGCAUCAAUUGAAUUUAUAAACAAAAUAUUGACAUUGAACAAUACUGAGUUAAAUGAUCGUGUUAUACAGCUCAUAGAAACUCUUCCUGAAAAUUCUUCGAUAGGUGAUGCUAUCUUAACUGCCGCCCUAUCGACAGAACUACCUAUCGAGAAUCGUAUUCAUGCUGUAAGUUUACUACAAGAACUGUUUUAUGAGAAACCAGAAUUUAUUGGGUUCAGUGUUAUUGAUGCAAUUGAAAGAAGAAUGCGUGUGCGAGAACUAAUACCUCAACAAAAUACAUCCUUCAAAUAUAUUACGUCUGUACUACUGGCCAUUACGUCGGAGCUACCUGACAAGGAAGCCUCUAUAAAAGUAUUAAUCAAUGCUCUGGUCAUAGCGCAAUGGAAUAUUUUUAACAUCAAAAAUGGCUGGGCUGGAUUAGUCUUACGUGCAAGACUUGAUCCAGCUGAGGUUGUUAGAGAACACGUUAAUAUUAUCAUGGAGAAGAUUCUUGGAAUUACUGGUAGUUGUGAGUGGAUAGACACAAUUUAUGGCAUAUGCGGUUUACAAGCUGCUGCGUAUGCAGCAUUUAUUCAACCCACAGAGUUUACGCCGAUCCUUUGUAAAACUAUCGAGGCCGAUUUAACAGCGAAUGAUUUCUCCCGUCUAACUGAAGAAGAUUUCGAAAUUUUUGCAGGAGAGGAAGGUGUUUUGGUGGUCGAUAUCCUAGAAGAAAGCAUGAAUAAGAGACUUUCCAAUAAAAAUUCUAAAGAAUAUGAAACCCUAAUGUGGGAACAAAAGAUAAGGAAAGAGCAAGCCAAGAAAAACGUGAAAAAACUUUCAAAAGAGGAACAGGAGCUCGUUAACAAGCAAUUAACCAAAGAAUCUAUAAUUAGAACACACGUAUCGGAAGUUUCCGCUCGUUUGAAGCGUGGGAUUAGAUUGGUAUCUGAGCUUUCCAAAGCUGCUUGUUUAGUCCAAAACGGCAUCACUACUUGGUUUCCCUUGGCAGUCACAAAGCUCUUGCACCUAUGCUCCGAAAAAAAUAUUUCAAAACUGACGGGGGAUGUUAAUAAUGUGUUCUUGCAGCUUUCUCAAAAUGUAUCCGAGAGAUUGGGUAAUAUUAGACUUUUCCUAGGUCUAGCAACUUUGCGUGUACACAAUGCUAAUAGCAUAUCACAAGAUUACUUGCAAGAACCACUGGUUGAAUUACUGACAAGAGUUCUUUUCAGAAUCAAGUUUGUUUCUAACCAAGCAGCGCUAGAUCCCAUUAGUCUGACUUACAUUUUGCCAUUGCUAAUUAAUGUUUUAGAAAAGGGUAAAACGAUUGCAUUAAAGAACGCCGACAAACCUGUUGUUAAAGCUGAGUUUGUUGAAGAAGAUGAAGAAGAAGAACAUCUGUUACUAGCCAUGGAAAUUAUUUCUGUGCAUGCCGAAGCUUUUGAAGACCCUUCCAUUCCAAGGAUUUCCAUUAUUGAAGUUUUGCUAUCUCUUCUUUCUUUGCCCUCAAAAGCGAAAAUUGCCAAGGAUUGUUUCAACGCUCUGUGCCAAAGCAUAUCUGUUGCACCAAAUCAAGAAGACCUUGAUAUGAUACUGUCAAACUUACUGUCACCGAAUCAGUUUGUCCGUUCAACAAUAUUAGAAACUCUUGAUAACGAAUUUGAAUUGGAACCAUUCAUGAAAUAUUCACCCGAAGUUUUUAUUUGCAGAUUUGAUUCGGAUCCUUCCAACCGUGAGAUUGCAGAUUUCAUUUGGGAAUUCAACAAAUUUGUAAUCAACGAUGAGUUACUGAAGAGCCUAUUUCCACUAUUCAAUCAGGAUGAUAGUGGUUUGAGAUUAUUUGCUGCGAACGCGUAUGCAUUUGGCGCUGUAAGCCUAUUUACUUCUGAAGGCAGCUCCUCGAACAAUUACCUAAAUGACUUGUUAAACUUUUAUAAAGAAAAGGCAAAGCCAUUGGAACCAAUUCUUGAUCAAUUUGGUUUGGUUCUUGUUUCUGCGAAUGAGCAAAAAGAUCCAUGGCAAGGAAGAAGUACGGUUGCUAUUACAUUAAAAACCAUGGCUAAGGCUUUUUCUGCGGACGAUGAUACUGUUGUUAACAUCAUAAAAUUUUUGGUCGAUGAUGGGGGCCUAGUUGACAGGGAACCAAUUGUUCGUCAAGAAAUGAAAGAAGCUGGUGUUGAAUUAAUUACUUUACAUGGCUCACAAAACUCUAAAGAUUUAAUUCCUAUAUUCGAAGAGGCGUUAAGCUCCAGCACAGAUAGUGCUCUAAAAGAGAACGUUAUUAUUCUUUAUGGUACACUAGCAAGACAUUUACAGGAGAGUGAUGCAAGAAUUCACACGAUCAUUGAAAGAUUGCUUUCAACUCUUGAUACUCCUUCUGCAGAUAUUCAACAGGCUGUUUCGGCUUGUAUAGCGCCACUAGUUUUCCAGUUUAAACCAAAGGUUGGUGAAUAUUUGAGUGUUUUAAUGGAAAAACUGUUGAAUCCAGCUGUCGCUUCUUCUAUGCGGAAAGGUGCUGCUUGGGGUAUCGCUGGUUUAGUUAAAGGUUACGGUAUCUCGGCUCUCUCUGAGUUUGACAUUAUCCGCAAUCUCAUCGAGGCUGCAGAGGAUAAAAAGGAGCCAAAAAGGCGUGAAUCUGUGGGCUUUUGCUUUCAAUAUUUAUCCGAAUCUCUGGGGAAGUUUUUUGAACCAUACGUGAUUGAAAUUCUUCCUAAUAUUUUGAAGAAUUUGGGGGAUGCUGUUCCCGAAGUCAGAGAUGCAACGGCACAUGCUACAAAGGCCAUAAUGGCACAUACUACAGGUUACGGUGUUAAAAAGUUAAUUCCAGUCGCUGUUUCUAAUUUGGAUGAAAUCGCUUGGAGAACUAAGAGGGGCUCCGUCCAAUUGUUAGGUAAUAUGGCUUAUUUAGAUCCUACACAACUAUCGGCUUCUUUGUCUACUAUUGUCCCAGAAAUUGUUGGUGUAUUAAACGACUCCCAUAAAGAAGUGCGUAAGGCUGCUGAUGAAUCCUUGAAAAGAUUUGGUGAAGUCAUUAGAAAUCCUGAAAUUCAAAAAUUGGUGCCCGUACUUUUGCAGGCUAUUGGUGAUCCAACAAAAUACACAGAAGAGGCCUUGGAUUCGUUGAUUCAGACGCAAUUUGUCCACUAUAUUGACGGUCCUUCACUAGCAUUAAUCAUUCAUAUUAUCCACCGUGGUAUGCAUGAUAGAUCUGCCAACAUUAAGAGGAAGGCAUGUAAGAUUGUUGGUAAUAUGGCCAUUUUGGUUGAUACCAAGGAUCUCAUCCCAUACUUACAACAGCUGAUAGAUGAAGUGGAGAUUGCUAUGGUCGAUCCUGUUCCAAAUACCAGGGCCACAGCAGCUCGUGCAUUAGGUGCCUUGGUAGAAAGGUUAGGUGAGGAACAAUUUCCAGAUUUGAUUCCUCGUCUACUGAAUACCUUAAGUGACGAAUCAAAAUCGGGUGAUCGUCUCGGUUCCGCUCAAGCACUAGCUGAAGUUAUUAGUGGCUUAGGCUUAACCAAGUUGGAUGAAAUAUUGCCAACUAUUUUAGCUGGUGUAACCAAUUUCCGUGCUUAUAUCAGGGAAGGAUUCAUGCCCUUGUUGCUUUUCCUCCCUGUUUGUUUUGGAUCCCAAUUUGCACCAUACAUUAAUCAAAUUAUUCAGCCUAUUCUUUCCGGAUUGGCUGAUAAUGAUGAAAACAUUCGCGACACUGCUUUGAAGGCUGGUAAAUUAAUUGUUAAAAACUAUGCUACAAAGGCCGUUGAUCUAUUGUUGCCUGAAUUAGAAAGAGGUAUGUUCGACGAAAAUGACAGAAUUCGCUUAUCUUCUGUUCAAUUAACUGGUGAACUUCUGUUCCAAGUCACUGGUAUUUCCUCUAGGAACGAAUUUUCUGAGGAAGAUGGUGAUCAUAACGGUGAAUUCUCCGGUAAAUUGGUGGAUGUGCUUGGCCAAGAUCGUCGUGACAGGAUUUUGGCAGCAUUAUUUGUAUGUAGAAAUGACACUUCUGGUAUCGUACGUGCUACAACGGUGGAUAUUUGGAAGGCAUUGGUUCCAAAUACCCCAAGAGCAGUGAAAGAAAUUCUUCCAACAUUAACCGGUAUGAUAGUUACUCACUUGGCUUCAUCAUCCAACGUAUUACGUAACAUUGCUGCCCAAACUUUAGGUGAUCUCGUUCGUCGUGUAGGCGGUAAUGCUUUAUCACAACUAUUGCCAAGUUUGGAGGAAUCUUUAAUAGAAACAUCAAACUCAGAUUCUAGACAAGGUGUUUGUAUUGCUCUUUAUGAGUUAAUCGAAUCUGCUUCUGGAGAAACGAUAUCACAAUUCCAAUCUACCAUUGUUAACAUUAUUCGUACUGCGUUGAUUGAUGAAUCGGCUACUGUUAGAGAAGCAGCUGCGUUAUCUUUUGAUGUAUUCCAAGAUGUUGUUGGGAAAACAGCUGUUGAUGAAGUUUUACCAUAUUUGUUGCAUAUGCUCGAAUCUUCUGAUAACUCCGAUUUUGCUUUGUUAGGUUUACAAGAAAUUAUGUCGAAAAAAUCCGAUGUCAUCUUCCCAAUUCUAAUACCAACCUUACUAGCCUCUCCAAUAGACGCCUUCAGGGCUUCUGCUUUAGGUUCUCUGGCAGAAGUUGCUGGCUCAGCUUUAUACAAGCGUUUAUCAAUCAUAAUUAACGCACUGGUGGAUUCAAUCAUGGGGACUUCCAAUGAUGAGUCAACCAAGGCGGCAUUAGAACUUGCAUUGGACAGGGUGUUCUUAUCUGUGAACGAUGAUGAGGGUCUUCACCCAUUACUUCAACAGAUUAUGUCACUACUAAAGAAUGACAACAUGGAAAAGCGCAUAGCUGUUUUAGAACGUUUGCCGAAUUUCUUUGAUAAGACUACCCUUGAUUUUGGUGUCUAUAUUCCGGACUUUGUCUCGCACGCAAUUUUAUCAUUAGAUGAUGAGGAUUCAAGGGUUGUCAAUGGUAAUUUCAAUGCCUUGUCCGUUUUGUUGAAGAAGGUUGACAAGCCUACCCUAGAGAAAUUAGUCAAGCCUGCUAAACAGUCGUUAGCAUUGACAGGCAGACAAGGUGAAGAUGUCGCUGCAUUUAAGCUUCCAAGAGGGCCUAACUGUGUUUUACCUAUUUUCUUACAUGGUUUGAUGUAUGGUUCAAAUGAUGAAAGGGAAGAAUCUGCGCUAGCCAUUGCUGACGUCGUUUCUAAGACACCUGCUGCUAACUUAAAGCCAUUUGUGAGUGUCAUUACUGGUCCGUUGAUUCGUGUCGUGGGUGAAAGAUUUAGUAGUGACAUCAAAGCAGCAAUUUUAUUUGCACUUAAUGUACUAUUCAUUAAGAUUCCAAUGUUCUUGAGGCCUUUUAUCCCCCAAUUACAAAGAACAUUUGUUAAAUCCUUGUCUGACGCUACUAAUGAGACGUUACGUCUCCGUGCCGCCAAGGCUCUUGGUGCCCUGAUUGAACAUCAGCCUCGUGUUGAUCCUCUAGUCAUUGAACUGGUGACAGGUGCCAAGCAAGCCACAGAUGAAGGUGUUAAAACUGCUAUGCUUAAGGCUUUACUGGAGGUCAUUGUUAAGGCUGGUUCCAAAUUAAAUGAAAAUUCUAAAACAAACAUUGUUAACUUAGUUGAAGAAGAAAUGUUAGGUAGCAAUGAUAAACUGGCAGUUGCUUACGCUAAAUUGAUCGGGUCUUUGUCGGAAAUUUUGUCCAACGAUGAAGCUCACAAGAUUUUACAAGACAAGGUUUUGAAUGCAGAUUUAGAUGGGGAAACCGGUAAGUUUGCUAUUUUGACUUUAAAUUCCUUUUUGAAAGACGCACCUACGCAUAUAUUUAAUACGGGCUUGAUAGAUGAAUUUGUGAGUUACAUUUUGAAUGCGAUCCAUUCUCCUGAUGUUUACUUCGGAGAAAACGGUACCAUUGCUGCUGGUAAAUUGCUUCUGUUGGAAGGAGAAAAGAAGUCUCCUUUUGUCAAAACCGCAGCUGCAGAACCAUUCAGAAUUGGUGAUGAAAACAUCAAUCUUUUAAUCAAAGAGUUAAGUAAAGCUGUCUUACAACCAGCCAGUAAUUCUACCGACGUAAGAAGAUUGGCUUUGGUGGUUAUGAGAACAUUAGCCAGAUUUAAAUUUGAUGAGUGCGUUAAACAAUACUUCGAUCUGGUGGGACCAUCUGUAUUUGCUUGCUUGCGUGACCCUGUUAUCCCAAUUAAACUCGCUGCAGAAAAAGCGUAUUUAGCUUUGUUCAAAUUAGUUGACGAAGAUGACAUGCAUACCUUUAACGAAUGGUUUUCUGAAAUUUCAGAUCGCAGUAGCAGUAUCGAAACUAUUACAGGUGCUGCAAUACAAUUAAGAUCCAUUGGAGACUACACCAAGAGAGUUGGUAAAAGGUUAGCAAAUGUCGAAAGAGAAAGGAUUGCCGCCGGUGGAGAUGCGGAAACAAUGUUUAGUGACAGAUUUGAAGAUGAAAGAGAAAUAUGGGCUGUUGGAGGUGUUGAACUAACUACUGAUAUUUGA